ACUCACCACGUCCACGGAGUGAGAACAGAUACAGUAAGGAGUACUGGGAACACUGGAAAUACUGGGAAUAAUGGAAUACUGGAAUGCUGCUGCUUCAACCUGGUACUAACUGCAUAUACUGAGACAGAGUUGAAAGAGGAGCUAUGACUCAAAGUGAAAGUAACUUUUAGGGAACUUUUUAGAACUACGGCUGACUUCUUCCUUGUUUGCACCGUCUGCCUACUGUGUUUUCAACGUCACUCAGACAGAAAAUGGCUUCUCGAUCAGAAGAAGAUUUCUGUUGUCCAAUCUGUCAUGACAUCUUCAAAAAUCCUGUUGUGCUGUCAUGUAGCCACAGCUUCUGUAAAGACUGUCUGCAGCGCUGGUGGACAGAGAAACUAGUACACGAAUGUCCAGUUUGUAAAAGAAGAUCUUCAAAAAGUGAACCACCUUCUAACUUGGUGUUAAAGAAUCUGUGUGAAACCUUCCUACAACAACUUUCUCUACAAGAGAAAGCACCUGCAGAGUCUGAAGCUCUCUGCAGUCUGCACUCAGAGAAACUAAAGCUCUUCUGUCUGGACCAUCAGCAGCCUGUGUGUGUCGUCUGUCGAGAUUCAAAGAUACACACCAACCACAGAUUCAGCCCUAUUGAUGAGGCUGCACAAGAUCACAAGGGGGAGCUCAGGAAAACCCUGAAGCCCUUACAGAAGAAACUGGAGUACUUUAAUCAAGUUAAAGUUAACUGGGAUCAAACAGCAGAGCAUAUUAAGGAACAGGCCCAACAAACAGAGAGGCAGAUAAGGGAGGAGUUUAAAAAGCUUCAUCGGUUUCUACAAAAGGAAGAGGAGGCCAGGAUCACUGCUCUGAGGGUGGAAGAGGAGCAGAAGAGUCGUAUGAUGAAACAGAGGAUUGAGGCUCUCAGCAGAGUGAUAGCAGCUCUUUCACACACAGUCAGAGUCACAGAGAAAGAGCUGAGAGCUGCAGACGUCUCAUUUCUGCACAACUACAAGGCUGCAGUGAAAAGAGCCCAGCAGCGCCCCCUGCUGAAUGAUCCACGGCUAGUGUCAGGAGCUCUGAUAGAUGUGUCCAAACACCUGGGCAACCUGACCUUCAACAUCUGGAACAAGAUGAAGGAGAUGGUCUCCUACACCCCUGUGAUUCUGGAUCCAAACACUGCUAAUCCAAAGCUCGUCCUGUCUGAAGAUCUGACCAGUGUGAUAUUUAGGGGGGUAAAGAGAGAGCUUCCUAAAAACCCAGAGAGGUUUGAAGACUACCUCACAGUCCUGGGCUCUGAUGGAUUUAACUCUGGAACUCACAGCUGGGAGGUUGCAGGUGGAGCGCUAAGUGGACUGCUGGACUGCUCUGGGUUUUGA